CCGCCGCCUCUUCUUGUGACAUUCUCACUUCCUCAUUUCUAACGCUGUCAGCUCCCAGCCAUGCCCCCAAAGGGAAAGAAGACAAAGGCAGAAGAGGCACUUGAUUUCCUUUCCAACCUCGAUAAUCUUGAUGCGCCAGACACGUCAAGCCCUCCUCCCACAGGCGAGGCCACACGCGACUCAACAGACAGUACUCGCAAGUCUCUCUCCGCUUCAAGAGAGCUUCCAAGCAAGGCAGCUGCAAAACCCACGACCGAAGAUGAGGAGGCAGAAUCUGCUUUGGCGUUCUUGAAUGCCCAAAUCAAUCAGAAGAGAGCAAAACCAUUGAGCGACUCUCGAGCGGGGACCCCUCUUUCAGCCGCCGGGUCGUCUGCCGCAACUGCCAGUGCAUCUACGUCUGCUCCUAAACCCAAGGCACCUGCUACAGAACCUAUCAAUAUGCCCACAGAAACCCCUUCUCCCGCUCAAUCGUCGGGCGGUUGGGGUUCAUUUUGGUCCACCGCGACUUCCGCCCUUCAAUCUGCGCAGCGUGUUGCCGAUGAGCAGUACCAGAAGGUCAAGAGUGAAGGCGUCAAUGGUGUUACAGGCCAGCUUGAGAACCUUCGUGUCAACGUAAAAUCUGUCCCUGGAGUCGACUUAAGUAAACUGAGGAAAGGUGCGGAGGAAAGACUGGGAGGGUUCGUCAGGGGAGUGGACUUGGACAAGCUUCGAAAGGACCUUGUCAACACUACUUCCUCAACUCUUACCACCAUUCUCGACACAGUUGCGCCGCCUAUUUCAGAACACGAAACUCUUGAGCUUUGGCUAUCCCACCCCAUGAUCGGGUACGCCGGUGUUGAAGGUGUAAUCUACCGCGCCUGGGCUCGUAUCUUGGAGCAAACGGAAAGCGGAGAGCUCAUCAUUAUAUGGUCUCCUUCGCCAACUCCUGAUGAUGUCUCGGGAGAGCCCAGGAGUAUCAACCCCGUCGAAGGAUGGGACGCCGCUUGGGAACUUGGAAAGAAAGAAGUUGCUGCCAUUAAGGCCCGGGAGGAGGAAAAACCCCGAGGUAGAGCAGAAGCAAAGCGCAACGUGCAUGUUACCACUGUUCCUAUCUUCCUUCACCUCCAACCUCUUCUUGUCCGUCUUCCUUACGCCGAACCGCCUAUUCACUCCUCCACCUCCACUCAGGACAAGCCUUUCACCCCACCUAACCACUUGUAUUUCCUCUUCACUCUCGAGGACCCCUCUCAUUCAUUAAAAUUUACGACUGUCAGUCAGCCGACUCCUUCGGACUGGAUGGAUGUCGAGUAUGAAAACUCUGAGUGGGUUGAGGAGAGAUUGGUCGAGGUGUUGAGGACAGGUGUAGAGGUUAUUGCUCAAGAUUACGUUGCCACCCGAAUGGGGCUCAAGCCUUCCGCCCCACAAGCUGCUGCAGUGGCCGCGUUGGUGGAGCAGGCUAAUCAAGAGGAGGAAGACAAAGCUGCAGCAGAUGAGAAGAAGAGUGAUUAAGAAGCAUGCGAUGUACUACAGUAUACGUGUACGAGGGCAGAGUAAUGAUUUCUCAAAGAUUCGCGAACUUUUGGAUACGUAUGAUGAAAAUAAUGAGCUCCA